AUGACCAGAUUCGAGCGUGGUACGAGGCAUGGAGACGAGAAUACAUCAAUGCAGCUUUCGAUCAAGCAGUACACUCCUGUAUCUAAUCGUAACCCAAAGCGUGGGGACGUCACACUCAUCCUGGCCCAAGGCAUCGACAUGUCCAAGGAGACCUUCGAGCCCUUCAUCGACGACUUGCUUACCGUCUUCCCACGGAUCCGUAACGUAUGGACCCUUGACGCCGCCAGCAAUGGCGCAUCUUACGCUUUGAACAAAGACUUCAUCGGUGAUCAGCCUAAUUGGCUAGAUUAUCCUCGAGACGUAUGGCAAGCGAUCAACCACUUCCAGGUGCAAAUGCCUCCACCCCUUGUCGGUAUCGGCCAGUCCUUAGGGUGCGGAAGCAUUACAGUACUCUCCACUUGGCACCCCAGACUCUUCUCCGGCAUCGUACUAUGCGAACCAGCCCUCGGUCCAAGUCCAGGCGCAGUGUGGCCACGGCCCACCAGAUACUACCCAGGUGUACUGGCAGCAAAGCGCAAAGAUGUCUGGCCUUCGCGUGAGGCUGCUGCCGAGGCACUGGCCAAGUCAAUGCUGUACCGGCACUACGAUCCUCGUGUGCUUGAACGUGUGCUGAAGUACGAAAUCCGUGAAGUUGACUCCAACGACGGCAUUCAUGCGUCAGUACCACCCGAUCACGUGACCCUAAGCACACCCAAAGCUCUGACAGUCGCACAAUGGCUUCGUCCUUCACCACCUCUCCCAGGCUUCCCAACAGAUCCAGAGGACACGGUCGCAGAAGACAUGAAAACCACGAUCCCUGGUUUUUCGAGACCAGAGGCGUGGUGGUUAUGGCGUAGUCUACCCCAAGUUUCCCCUCCAGUCCUGUUCCUCUGGGGAUCGGACUCAGAACUUUUCAGUGGAGCUGGUCUCAAGUUCCGCGAAUUGCUGUACACCAGCGUGAUCGGAACCGGACCGGGAGGUAGAGGAGGCCAAGCGAACAGACAAGUGGAUGAGGCCGAGAUAGCGGGAGCGCACCACUCCGUUGUUCUGGAGAAGCCAAAGGGGAGUGCUGAAGCUGUUGGGCAGUGGCUUCAGAAAAAGGUUCUCGAGUGGGACGAGGGACGUGUCAACAGGAAGACGCAGCCGAUCAACGACCCGACGAGGAUACCCGCAGCGCUCAUGGAGGAACUGGCGAAGCUAUGA